AUAUGCAUGAAGCUAUCUGAAAUGUUUCCUGAGUUUGCAAACCAGUGAAAAUGACUAAGAAAGUAAAAACAGGACGGGGAGAGAUUCAAGAAUGGCAGGACAUUAAGUAAUUCCUAAGUAGGUCUGCUUAAAAAGUAUGUCAUUCCAAUGGAAUACGGAAGAGAGACAAAUUAACAUUCACAAACAAUCACUUAUCAAAACCCAAAGGAACAAACACAACAGUGUUCAAAUAAACACUUGCAAUCAUUUUAAGCACUCCAACAUGAAGAAUAAAGCAGACAUGAGGCACAAACCAUAAACUGUUUUCAUUUCUGAACUGCUGGAACUAAUUUAAGUACUGAAGAUGUCAUCUCUAAAUAAGCAGUGACUGAGAUUAAAUGGGAGGAGGGACAGUGUGACUCAUGCUUUGGCCAAAGGAAUUAUGGCCCAUUUGGGAUUGGACUCUGCAAGGGAAGGGUGUGUGUGUGUGUGUGUUCAUAAAUGCACAUACGACCAUAAAACAGAAACUUCAGCAGGACUGUAGGGCUUCACUGAUUUUGAGAGUUCACCAUGUCUCAAGGUGAAGAAGAGGAAGUUAAGAGGCCUGAGGUAAAAGCGGAGGAUUUGAUUGGAGCCAGGGAUAAACUGGCGUCUGAAACAGAGGUGAAGAGCAAGACCUUUGAAGUGAUGCAGGAAUGCGAACGAGCUGGGAAGGUCGCGCCAUCCAUCUUCAGCAAAGCUCGCUCAGGAUCUGAGACUGCCUUUAACAAACCCAGCAAGAAAAAGUAACACUAUAGAACAAUUAUUUCACUGAAUCAUACAGCUAAAACAUGUAUUUAUAAAUUAAUCUAAAGCAUUAAUAUGGAAAACAACCAUUGUAACCAUUACACAGCACAGUUAAACGAUAUUAAUAGUUAGACUGAUCUUAUGUAUCUCAAUGUACUUUUUAAUAUUUCUUAAAAACUUUUUUCCUGAAAUAAAAAAGGCUUUAAACAAUUAAAA